AUGAGUUCUUUCAUUAGCAGAAAACAGUACUACUGUCUCUUGCUUCUCUGUCUUCUAAAAUUAGCCAUUGCAUAUCACUACAAAGUGCAUGUUUAUAUUGCGAACGACGUCGGGAAAGAUGUAGAUCUUACGGUGCACUGUAAGUCGAAAGAUGACGACCUAGGUGUACACCUUCUGCAUGAUCAAGAAACGUAUCAAUUUUCAUUUCAUCGAAAUGUUUGGGGAACUACAUUAUUCUAUUGCAAAUUUACAUGGAGUGACCAACUUAAGUGGUUUGAUAUUUUCGUAGAAGAUAAAUAUUUCUGCCAAGAUUGUUAUUGGAAGAUCAAAGCUGAUGGUCCUUGCUUGCAAGAUAUUCCAAUUACAUGUUUCGAGUGGAACAAAUAA